AUGAUAUUACAUAUUCCCAAGAACAGUGUAAAUAAACUUAAAAAUUUAACAGCAUCACAUAAGAAAGUAAAAGAUUCUGAAAGGCAAAGUGGUGGAGCACCUGUAGUUAUAUCUUUUAGAACUGAACUUGAUGAUAUUUUGGAUGAAAUAGGGCUACAUUCAAACCAUACUGAAAAUACUGAAAUUACUAUUAAUAAACAAACUAAAAAAUGUUCAUUACCAGUAACUUCAACUGAAACAUCAACCUUGAUAGAAUCAAAUGAUGAAGAUAGUGAAAAUGAACCUGAACCAACAUCUAAAAAAUUUGCUAAAAUAGCAACAGAUACUCAAAAAUAUGAUGAAAAAAAAGAAAUAAGAAAACAAAGAGCCAAAGAAAAAGCUAGAAGAUAUGAAGAAAGAUGCAAAUUAAUGUCACUUCUUAUCAAUAUAA